GAAGUGAGCGAAGAAGAGUAUCCAUAAGGGAAGUGAAGUAGGUUGGCCUAGCACCAGCACCCAACCUAGCGGCGUUCGAUAGUCACCGAGUGAUUUUAAUAGAUUCUCUGGAGAAACACGCCGUCCGAUUUUAGGAUAGCAUAAUGGCCACCGAUUCGGGUUAUGGACAGCAUGGUGGCUCACAGGGUUAUGGCUCUUAUGGUGGUCAGCAGAGUGGACAGAGUUAUGGUCAAGGUCAAGGAAAUGGUGGAAGUACUUAUGCGGGCCAAAGCUAUGGUGCUUAUGGAGGUCAGCCAUCUGGCACACAAGAGGGAUUUGGCCAGUCCCAGGCAGGUUAUGGGCAGCAACAGUCUUUUGAUAGUUUUGGCCAGGAUUCAGCUGGCGAGAAGUCAUUUGGGCAAUCGGCGACAUAUGGUGCUCAAGGGCAAAGUGGAGAGAGCUUUGGCCAACAAGGAUCAUUCAGUGCCCAGGGACAAGCUGGUGCAGGUGGUGGCAGUGGUUACGGAAGAUGGAGUGAAGGCGAAAGUGGUGGACAGGGUAGCCGGUAUGGCCGUGACCAAGGAGACCGACCAGAAGGAGGCGGUGGUUACAGAGGCCGAGGUCGCGGCGGGUACGACCGUGGCGGCUACGACCGAGGCGGUUACGAGCGUGGCGGUUAUGACCGCAGUGGUGGCUAUGACCGUGGUGGCUAUGAUCGUGGUGGAAGAGGCGGACAUCCUGGAAUGGGAGGUGGUGACCGUGGUGGCUUCAAAAAUUUCGGUGGCUCUCGAGACUACGGCUCAAGGGAUGAAUCGGGUGGGGAUCAGGACAACUCUGACAACAACACCAUUUUUGUCCAAGGCCUGGGCGAAGAGGCCACGGUACAGGAAGUGGGCGACUUCUUCAAGCAAAUUGGCAUUAUUAAGGUCAACAAGAAGACUGGUCAGCCAAUGAUCAACCUCUACUCUGACAAGGCCACUGGCCGACCAAAGGGUGAAGCUACAGUGUCCUUUGAUGACCCGCCUUCUGCCAAAGCUGCCAUUGACUGGUUCGAUGGCAAAGAAUUCCACGGUAAACCCAUCAAAGUAUCAUUUGCCACCCGCAGAGCUGAGUUCACGCAGCGGGGCGGAGGACGAGGGGGUGGAAGAGGAGGAGGAGGAGGAGGAGGAGGAGGAGGAUUCAGAGGUCGCGGUGGUGGAGGUCCCAGCUUUGACAUGAAGGGAGGAGACUGGCCUUGUCCCAACAGCUCGUGCGGCAACAUGAAUUUUGCACGGCGGCAAGAGUGCAACAAGUGUGGUGCUCCCAAACCUGGAGAUGCUGGAGGAGGAUUUGGAGAUCGUGGAGGCAGAGGUGGUUAUGGUGGCGAUAGAGGGGGUGGAUUCCGCGGACGUGGAGGAUUCCGUGGUGGAGACCGGGGUGGCUAUGGUGGUGACCGUGGUGGUGGUGGUGGUGGAUAUGGAGGGGGAUACAAAAUGGGAGGAAGAGGUGACCGGAGGGAUGACAGAAGAGAGCGGCCAUAUUAAAAUGUUGAGCAGAUGAACAUGGCUCCAGCCACAGAGUCCACCAUAGUCAAAGUGUGGGAUAAAAUAGACAUUUUGACUUGGGCCCAUUUUUCAUAGACUGCAGCAAGUCAUGAAUAUUGUUCCAUCUAUAUGUGCGGCAAUUUGUACUAUGACAAAGACUCACUGGCUGUGGCAUGUGCUCAAAAAAUGUUUUAUUUUCUUUGUACGUGUGGUAGACUUCGUACCUUUUGUUUUGUAUGAACGGAGCAAAAUGUUUUACUUUGUUUCUCUUCUCCCAACAAAUAUUAAACUGUGAUCUUUC